AUGUACUGCUCGCCGUCGCCGACAUCCCCCUCGGUGCUCCUCUGCCCCAGCGCGUUCCGCUUGAUCCGCACCAUCAAGAUCGACACCGCUGGCGUGCCCACCGAGAACGACGAGGACGAUGAGGCGCCGUCCGAGCCCAUUCCGGGAUACAAACCCACCAAGGCGGACCGCAAGAAGAGGCUCUGGCGACUGUACACCCGCGACAACGAGGUCGAGGCGACCUUGUUCCUGGGGAAGCUCGACGAAUUCGAGUACUUGUACCCGGCGGAGGCGCCGCGCAUUGAGGUGCUUCACAUUGCCGCCAAGGCCAAGGAGUGUAUACCUCGCGGCAACAAGGUGGUGAGGGUGCGGUACGGCGGCCAGACCUUUGAGAAGGUCGAGACAAUGGUGGAGCAGGACCUGCGCGCAGGCGGGUUCUGGGCUCGCUUUGUCAAGGUCUGCGGCGUGGAACGCGUCAAGCUCUACGAGCUCAUCAUCCCCGAGUUCCGUCUGGGCCCGUUCGAGUUUCGCGCCCGACCCGACCUGCAGAGCGCCGAGCGUCUCCUUAUUGGGACCUUCUGGCCUCUGUACCUCAACACCACGAGGGGCGGCUUCCCCCUCCACGCCCCUCUCCCCAUCCCCGACACUGCCGCCGAGACCGCCGCCGCUGUCGGUUUGAUAAACGAGAAGAUCAGCGAAUUCAUGGCCAACACCCGGCAAGGGCAGGGCGCGAGACCGCCAAUGCACCCGGACGCUCUUGAGGUGGUGACCCGCGCCGCCCACAUCCGCCGCACCUGGAACGGCGCGGUCCCCUCCGUCCGCGUCCAGAAAGACGUGACUGUCGAGGAGUACCACCAGUUCUACGAGGAGCUCGACUACCACAGUCGUCUUGCUGGCCCAGGACCCGCCCUUGCCGUGGACAUGAAACUCCAUGCGCAGGGUGCCCCGCCUGCCCAUGACCUCCAGUGGGUCGAGAUCCUCGAGCAGAUCGGCGUCAUGCUAGACCUCUGGUGCACCACCCUCAAGCACAUUGACAUCAAGGCGGCUGUCCUCGACCUGUGGCCAUACCUCGUUAUCACGAAGCCGCUCGUCAUCGACGUCGCCUCAGCUCGGGUCUCGCGGCUGAUAAUGGACGGCCCACUUGCCGUGAGCAUCAACGACGAUGGUGGCCUUGAAUGCCCGUUCCCGGACGACGGCUGGAAGGAGCUCGCCCCCGACGGAUCGAGGUGA